CAUUCGCUUGCUUGCACGUACUCACGAUGGUCACCUCCUGCCUCCUCCUCGCAUACUUCCUCGCCCUCACCACCGCCUCCUUUACCCCAGACGCCUUCUUCGCCACCCUCCUCAAGCGCCAGGCGCCCGGCUCCCCAGAAUUUGCCUGCCACGACAACUGCGGAACCGCAAUCACCGUCUCCAAAGCUAGCAGCGGCUACUGCACCGACGACGUCUUCCUCUACGACUACGAAAACUGCCUCCAGUGCGCAGGCCCAGACAAUGUCGAUAUCUGGAAGUACUACGGCGGCUCGUUGACCACGGCAGCGGGUAAGUGCAGCGGGCUUGAGACUGAGCCCAGGAGCGGCAAACAGGAGGAUGUAGGAGAUGCGAAGCAUCCCGGCGGCAGCAACAGCGACGGUAGUUCCGCUAUCUCGACGGCUGCGCCGAGCGAGACGGCGGAGCCAGUGACAGUUCCGGCGGAAAGUACGGCGACUACUGGCGAUUCUGCAGUGAGCUCUGCGGUCUCUCCAGUCUCAGAAACUCCUACGGCACUUCCCGUGCACACGGUCUCUGGCGCCCCGUACGGUACGAGCAACGGAACAUCCGUUGAGAUCACUCCUACUGCCUCGGCUCCCCCUGAGUUCUCCGGUGGUGCAGAGACGGUGCAGGUGCGCGAUGUUGUUGCGUUGAUUGGGGCUGUUGCGGCGGUAGGUGCAUUCUACUAGGCUGGGAUAAUGUCGGGGACAUGCGUGAGAGUGUGAGAGUGUGAGAUGGAAGCACAUGUACGAUA